GACUGCAAGGGUUCUGCGUCUACAAUGCUUGUGGAGGUGGCACUGGUUCUGGCCUGGGUUGCCUGAUGUUGGAGCGUUUGUCAGUGGAUUACGGCAAAAAGAGCAAGAUCUCCUUCACUGUGUGGUGCUGCCCACAGGUUGCCACAGCAGUUGUCGAACCCUACAACACCGUUCUCUGCGUGCAUUCAUUGUUGGAGCACACGGACGUAACGAUCAUGUACGACAAUGAAGCUCUCUACGAUAUUUGUCGCAGGAACUUGGACAUUGAACGCCCAACUUACACUAAUUUGAACAGGCUGAUUGCCCAGAUUAUCUCGAGCUUGACAGCCUCCCUUCGUUUUGAUGGGGCAUUGAAUGUGGACAUCACCGAGUUCCAAACCAAUUUGGUUCCAUAUCCGCGCAUCCACUUCAUGUUGACCUCCUAUGCUCCAGUCAUCUCCGCGGAGAAGGCAUACCAUGAGCAGCUUUCUGUGGCAGAGAUCACCAUGUCCGUGUUCGAACCAGCCUCGAUGAUGGUGAAGUGUGACCCCCGCCACGGCAAGUACAUGGCUUGCUGCAUGAUGUACCGUGGAGAUGUGGUGCCAAAGGAUGUGAAUGCGGCAGUUGCCACCAUCAAGACCAAGCGAACCAUCCAGUUCGUGGAUUGGUGCCCCACUGGCUUCAAGUGCGGCAUCAACUAUCAACCACCUACUGUGGUUCCUGGAGGUGAUUUGGCCAAAGUCAUGCGUGCCUGCUGCAUGAUAUCAAAUUCCACUGCGAUCGCAGAAGUCUUUUCUCGCAUCGACCACAAGUUCGACCUCAUGUACUCGAAACGUGCCUUUGUGCACCACUAUGUCGGUGAAGGCAUGGAAGAAGGUGAAUUCUCCGAAGCACGUGAGGACUUGGCGGCCUUGGAGAAAGAUUACGAAGAGGUCGGCAUCGAAACUGCAGAGGCAGCCUGGGUUCCGGAAGCUGGGGAGUUCUCACCAGACAUAUUGUGCUGGGAGCUUUUCUGUUUGGGGCACGGCAUCCAACCUGAUGGCCAGAUGCCUUCCGACAAGACCAUCGGCAGGCAGCAGUUAGUACUAGUCAGUCUCAUGACCUUUAUCCUGAGAAGAAGUUGGACAGAGGAACCGACAGUUGUUGAUGAGGUGCGCACGGGCACCUACCGUCAGCUCUUCCAUCCAGAACAGUUGAUUUCCGGAAAAGAAGACGCGGCCAACAACUUUGCACGAGGUCACUAUACCAUUGGCAAAGAGAUUGUGGAUUUGGUCCUGGACAGGAUUCGGAAAUUGGCGGACAACUGCACAGGACUGCAAGGGUUCUGCGUCUACAAUGCUUGUGGAGGUGGCACUGGUUCUGGCCUGGGUUGCCUGAUGUUGGAGCGUUUGUCAGUGGAUUACGGCAAAAAGAGCAAGAUCUCCUUCACUGUGUGGUGCUGCCCACAGGUUGCCACAGCAGUUGUCGAACCCUACAACACCGUUCUCUGCGUGCAUUCAUUGUUGGAGCACACGGACGUAACGAUCAUGUACGACAAUGAAGCUCUCUACGAUAUUUGUCGCAGGAACUUGGACAUUGAACGCCCAACUUACACUAAUUUGAACAGGCUGAUUGCCCAGAUUAUCUCGAGCUUGACCGCCUCCCUUCGUUUUGAUGGGGCAUUGAAUGUGGACAUCACUGAGUUCCAAACGAAUUUGGUUCCAUAUCCGCGCAUCCACUUCAUGUUGACCUCCUAUGCUCCAGUCAUCUCCGCGGAGAAGGCAUACCAUGAGCAGCUUUCUGUGGCAGAGAUCACCAUGUCCGUGUUCGAACCAGCCUCGAUGAUGGUGAAGUGUGCCCCCCGCCACGGCAAGUACAUGGCUUGCUGCAUGAUGUACCGUGGAGAUGUGGUGCCAAAGGAUGUGAAUGCGGCAGUUGCCACCAUCAAGACCAAGCGAACCAUCCAGUUCGUGGAUUGGUGCCCCACUGGCUUCAAGUGCGGCAUCAACUAUCAACCACCUACUGUGGUUCCUGGAGGUGAUUUGGCCAAAGUCAUGCGCGCCUGCUGCAUGAUAUCAAACUCCACUGCGAUCGCAGAAGUCUUUUCUCGCAUCGACCACAAGUUCGACCUCAUGUACUCGAAACGUGCCUUUGUGCACCACUAUGUCGGUGAAGGCAUGGAAGAAGGUGAAUUCUCCGAAGCCCGUGAGGACUUGGCGGCCUUGGAGAAAGAUUACGAAGAGGUCGGCAUCGAAACUGCAGAGGAGAUGAGUUCUGAGUCUCACCCGCGUGAGACGAAGACGGAUAUCCGACCAACAUCCAGAUGUGAUGCGCAGCCGAACUCUGUGCAUUCUGCGCGAGGUGCUGCCAAAAUGAACGCCGAUCCUGAAGGCCACAAAAUCUCACAAGAGGCAGCCCCGGUUCCGGAAGCUGGGGAGUUCUCACCAGACAUAUUGUGCUGGGAGCUUUUCUGUUUGGAGCACGGCAUCCAACCUGAUGGCCAGAUGCCUUCCGACAAGACCAUCGGUGGUGGAGAUGACGCAUUCAAUACGUUCUUCUCCGAAACUGGCGCAGGCAAGCACGUACCCCGGUGUGUGAUGGUCGACUUGGAACCGACAGUUGUUGAUGAGGUGCGCACGGGCACCUACCGUCAGCUCUUCCAUCCAGAACAGUUGAUUUCCGGAAAAGAAGACGCGGCCAACAACUUUGCACGAGGUCACUAUACCAUUGGCAAAGAGAUUGUGGAUUUGGUCCUGGACAGGAUUCGGAAAUUGGCGGACAACUGCACAG